AUGUCACGCAAUAAAGACAAGUACGAAAGCAACAACCCCCGGAGGCAGCAAACAUUUCUGACCGCCGAGGACAUUGCCGCCGGGAAGAAGACGUGUUGGCACGGCAUUGAGAUAACGGGCAGUGUGCGCAACCUUAGUCCGACGCUCUGGAAGUUCGAGCACCUUACUGCACUCUUCCUAAACGAUAACUGUCUGACUCGUGUGCCGCAUCAGAUCGGUCAGCUGGCCAACCUCCGGACGCUCGAUCUGUCCGCGAACAAGCUGCGCAGUUUACCGGCUGAGCUGGGAGAGCUGAUACAACUACGGGAAUUACUGUUGAACAAUAAUUACCUGCGAGUGCUUCCGUACGAGCUUGGUAAACUUUUCAACCUGCAUGUGCUCGGAAUUCACGGAAAUCCGCUCGGCAAGGAUGUGCUCUCGAUCUACAACGAACCGAACGGGACGUCCAAAUUGCUGAUGUACAUGUUGGACAAUCUAUCAGUUACGGUUGCUCCGCCACCACAGCGGCCCUGGAUCCCACUAGCCAGACCCAAUCGCAACCGUGGUGCAUGUAUAUUUACGGUCAUGUGCUACAACGUGCUGUGCGAUAAGUACGCGACGAGACAGAUGUACGGCUACUGUCCCAGCUGGGCAUUAAGCUGGGAAUACAGGAAAAAGGCUAUUCUUGACGAAAUCCGACAUUACGCGGCGGACAUCAUCAGUCUGCAAGAGGUGGAAACCGACCAAUUCUUUAACUUCUUUAAGCCGGAGCUUAAGAACGAUGGCUAUGAAGGCAUCUUUUCACCCAAAUCGCGAGCUAAAACGAUGUCGGAAGCGGACCGAAAGUACGUCGAUGGUUGCGCAAUCUUUUUCCGUUCUGCAAAGUUUACGCUAAUUAAGGAGCAUCUGGUCGAAUUCAAUCAGUUGGCGAUGGCUAACGCCGAAGGUUCGGACAACAUGCUCAAUCGCGUGAUGCCGAAGGACAACAUCGGACUAGCGGCACUGUUAAAGGUGAAGGAGAGUGCAUGGGAGAGUGUUUCCCCAGAAGCGGCCCAGAUCUCGCAGCCGAUCCUGGUGUGCACGGCGCACAUCCACUGGGAUCCGGAGUUCUGCGACGUGAAGCUCAUCCAAACGAUGAUGCUGAGCAACGAGCUCAAGACAAUAUUGGACGACGCAGGGCUGAGCUUCCGGCCAGGACACAAGGUCGAUGUAAAUAACGUGCAACUGGUGCUGUGUGGUGACUUUAACUCGCUUCCAGACUCUGGUGUGAUUGAAUUUCUAAGUGCCGGGCGUGUAUCAAUGGACCAUCAAGAUUUCAAGGAGCUGGGCUACAAAUCCUGCCUGCAGCGUAUAUCAAAUUGUGAUACACCAAAUGAAUUUACUCAUUCCUUUAAACUAGCGUCAGCGUACAGUGAAGAUAUAAUGCCAUAUACAAAUUAUACAUUCGAAUUUAAAGGUAUUAUCGAUUACAUAUUCUACUCGAAGCAGGGCAUGGUGCCGCUCGGGCUGCUCGGUCCAAUCUCGUCCGACUGGUUGCGGGAGAACAAGGUGGUCGGUUGCCCCCAUCCGCACAUACCGUCCGAUCACUUCCCGCUGCUAGUCGAGCUCGAGCUAAUCCAUAUGCCAACGACGGGCGCCCAACCGAAUGGGCUGAUCGGUCGAAGGUAGCAAUAAACAGCUGCUAGCAAUGUAAUAGCCAGUAGGCAGAAUGACACCGUGCAAAACUGACUGCAUAAUAUGACCUCC